GUUGGGUUUCCCAGCGUGACUUCCCUCUGCCAAUAGGAAGUCGGAAAAGUUGGACACGGGUGAAGCCGACGAGAGGGUGGGAAAAGGUCUCAGUCAGCAUUUGGUGGCGGAACCGAACUGGGCAAGAUGUUUCUGGUAGGAUUAACGGGUGGCAUUGCUUCAGGGAAAAGUACGGUGGUUGCUAUGCUGCGGGAACUGGGCUGCGCUGUCAUUGAUGCUGAUGUUAUAGCCCGACAAGUGGUCCAACCACGCUUCCUGGCAUACCAGCGCAUUGUGCAUUCCUUUGGCCCUGAAAUUCUCCUAGAGAGCGGCGAGAUCAACCGCGAAGCUCUGGGAAGCAUAGUUUUCUCUCAGCCCGAAAAGCGUCGGCUGCUGAAUUCCAUCACUCACCCUGAGAUACAAAAGGAGAUGGUAAAACAGAUCUUGAAAUACUUUAUGCUGGGCCAUCGGUAUGUGAUCCUGGAUAUCCCGCUCCUUUUUGAAACCAACACACUGAUCAAGUUCAUGAAGCACACUGUUCUCGUGUACUGCGACCCACAGAGCCAGUUGUCCCGCCUGAUGCGCCGGAACGGGCUGACCCAGGCGGAGGCCGAAGCGCGCAUUGCCGCCCAGCUGCCCCUGGACCAAAAGGUCAAGCUGGCUGGCCACGUCAUCGACAACUCGGGAGACGUCGAGACCACGAGGAAGCAGGUCUUGAAGCUGCACUCCUCGUUGGAGGACUCCAUGGACUUUCUCCUGGUGCGGAUCCUGGCCAUCACAGCAGCUGCUGGGGUUAGCGGCUUGCUGUAUUUCCUACUGCGGCAGCUCAUGUCUUAACUUGCCCUUGGUGGUGGUGACGGGGCAGGUAAGGGGGACUGAACCCUUCCGUGUUGGGAAGGGUGAUAGAAACCCAGGACCUUUCCCUACUUUUUGCAGCCUGAACGACUCAAAAGACCUCAAAAGCCAGGCAGCAAGCCUGUUGUCUUUCCGAACGCCUCUGGAAGUGAAAAGAGGCGUCAUUCAUUCCAAAGCGUCUCUCAGCUAUCUUUGUCCGUGGCUUCCUUGCAAAAGAUUUUAGUCGCACCUGAGGAUGGAAAGGGGUUGUGGGUGUUGUUAACUAAAGCUGGUAGGAAUUUUGUUCUGCUGGGCCGAGGGGCUGUGGGUGGGGGCGAAACUUACUGGCUGCUACUGAAGUGUAAAAACGAAUCCUAUUAAAUUUGACAUGAGGAUAAGCCCACAACCAAGUUCCUUUUUUUAAAAAAAGGGUACUGGGCACUUCUUGCCCCUCCUCUCCCUCCCUCCGAUAUGCCAUUGACUGCAUCUUUGAAAGCUUCCUUUUCAAUGGGUCUCCAGGAAUGUGGUCAAUAUUGAAUAUUGCUUGCGGGGCACUCAGCCAAAAUGCUCUCUGUGGGGAACCGACAAGGAAAAGUCGCUUCUCGGAGGUGUGAAAAUACCCUGAGAAGUUGGAGAGGCUGUUCCUUUUUCCCCCCCUUCCCCUCUGGAGGCUGUUUGGUUACUGCAAUUCAUUUAACAUCAAUUUAUCUGUAUGACUCAUACAGCUCAAGCGUUAUGUACUACAGUCUCACAAUAUAGUAUUUGUAAUUAUGAA